AUGAUUCAAGGCCGAACGAUAGAGUCCACUCGAGAGGGAUUAUUAACUUCAAAGUUUGCUGUACAGUCUUCACAAGACGUAUAUAGAAUAAUGGGUAAACAUAAGGUCAAUAAACAAAAGAUUCUAAGUGUUGAUGAUGGUUUUAAAAAUUCUGCGUGUGCAACAGAAAACUUACUUGAGCCUCUUAGAUCUAAGGUUCAUAAGCAACAGAAUGACCCUACAUCUAUUAACCAUACUGAUCAUAAUCAAUCUACAGACAAAAUGAAUGUUCUAAACCAUUCCGAUAAAAACCAAAAACGUAAACGAAAGCAUAGUUCCUUGUAUGAUGCUCAAAAUGAAGAUACUUUAGGUGAUCAGGAUAUAUUUCAAAACAUAAAUGUGUUUGAAUCUCAAGUUGAUAAGACAGUUAUCUCAAAAAAGCUGCCGAAAAGUAAAAAGCGUAAAAAACAGCACAGUUCUCAGCUCAAUGUUUCAAAUGAAUCCACUUCUACAGAAAGUAAUAGAAUUGAAUUGAUAGAUGAUACAGAAAUCAAACUUAAAAGCGGAAAGUUGAAACGAAAGCAUAGUUCUGUAAAAAAUGGUGAGGAUGAAAACUCUUUUAAGGAUCACAAUGCUUCCAAUGAAUCCAGUGAAGUUAAUUGUGAAGUAGAAGUUGUACCGAAAAGUAAAAAACGAAAACAUAAUUCUCUAUUGAGAAAUAAAAACCCAGAUGUUACUUUAACCGAGACAGUAACCAAUGAAUGUAGCAAAAAUAAGGCGCAAGACAAUCUAGCACUCUCACACAAUUAUUCAAAACUCAGAAAGUUCAAACAACAUGAUGUACCAAAGACUGAUAUGCGAAAAUGGUAUCAUGAUGAGGAAAUUCCUGUUGAUGAGGAAUAUUUUACUAGUGAUGAAAGCGCGAAUGAAAUGGAUGCUUCCAAGAGUAGAAGCUUGCAACGCAGUCAUAGGCGAGCUUCCAAUGAGCAGUUGAUGAGAACACUAUUUAUCGGCAAUUUACCGCCUAACAUUACUAAGAAGAGAAUAGAGAAGUUGUUUAAUAAUGUUCUGAAGAAUGAUAAGGUUGUAUCGUCAAAUUGUCGUGUUGAAUCUGUACGAUUUCGUGGUGCUAUCCCAAUUACUGGUGGUACCAGUAAACUAGCACGAAAACGUGCGGCUAUUAAAGGCGAAUUUUCAGGUGUAUCAACAUUUCGUAUGGGUUAUGUGGUAUUGACAUCAAAAGUUGGUGUACAAGUUGCACUUUCUCUCAAUGGAUACUGUUUAAACUCGGAUGGUUUUAUUAUUAAUCCUGAGGAAUCAAAUAAACUAAUUGAUAGUGAUACUGUCAAUUCUGUCAAUAACAAUUGUAUAUAUCAUAUUCGAGUUGAUCGAGUUACAGAGAAUAAAACAAAACAAAAACUUGAUGAUUGUGUUUUUCUAGGAAAUCUUCCAUUUGAUUGUACAGAAGAGGAGAUUCAUAAUGUUCUGUCUUCAUUGGGUACCUUAUCCAAUGUACGAUUAGUACGUGAUAGUCAAACUGGUGCAGUACGUGGAUUUGGUUAUGCAACAUUUACUGAUCCGUCUAUUAUACCAUUAGCUAUACGUGCAUCGAAUACACUGUCUGUACGUGGAAGACAGAUUAGGAUUUGUGAAUGGAAAAUGAAGAAAUCAAAGAAAAACAACAAAAACAAACAUUUUUAUCAAUUGAAUUCUACUGAUAAAAAGAUGAUUAAUACUCACCCAAAAAAGAAUAUGAAGAAUAAAAGUGGAGAGAAAAAAACGGAUAAGAAAAAACAGGGAAAAUCUCUAAUGAAAAAUAAGACUAAAAAAUAA